AUGACGACAUCAUCCCCACAAUAUCUCACAGGCAACCCCGCCGCCCUGAAUGAGUUUAUCGAUCGCUUCGACACAUUCCUUUUUGACUGCGAUGGUGUGCUUUGGUCCGGCGACCAUACGUUUUCAGGUACAGCUGAGACAUUGGAAUUGUUGAGGAGCAGAGGAAAACGGGUUGUCUUCGUCACCAAUAACAGCACAAAAUCUCGAGCAGACUACAAAAAGAAACUCGACGGACUGGGCAUCCCAAGCAACGUCGAGGAAAUCUUCUCUUCCUCCUACAGUGCCUCAAUCUACAUCUCGCGCAUCCUCAAACUCCCCGCCAACAAACGCAAAGUCUUCGUCAUCGGCGAAACCGGCAUUGAGCAAGAACUCCGCAACGAAAAUGUGCCCUUCAUCGGUGGCACUGACCCCGCCAUAAGACGCGACAUCGUCCCCGGCGAUUACAAACUAAUGGCAGACGGUGACACGUCCAUACUCGACCCCGAAGUCGGCGUUGUCCUCGUCGGACUCGAUUUCCAUUUCAAUUACCUCAAGAUGUGCCUCGCCUUCCAAUACAUUCGUCGCGGCGCAAUCUUCCUUGCCACAAAUAUAGACAGCACGUUACCGAACCAAGGCUCCCUAUUUCCUGGUGCAGGAUCGAUAAGUGCGCCUCUGAUUAUGAUGCUGGGCAAGGAUCCGAUUGCGCUCGGAAAACCGAGUCAGGCAAUGAUGGAUUCUAUUGAGGGCAAAUUCCAGUUCGAUCGUAAUCGUACUUGUAUGGUUGGUGAUAGGACGAAUACAGACAUUAGGUUUGGUAUUGAAGGAAAAUUGGGGGGUACACUGGGUGUGUUGACGGGUGUGGCUACCAAGGAUGAUAUGUUGAAUGGGCCCGUGAGACCGGUGGCGUAUGUUGAUAAGUUGAGUGAUUUUUUGGCUGCGGAGAGUAAGUAA